GCCUCAGGGGAGCGAGAGGGUCAACGCACUGCUGGUGACGUUUAUUCUCUCGGAUUCAACACAGGGAGCUACAGUAUAUGAGUUUAACUGUUCACAUCACUCUGUGCUCUGACAGCAGGUCGAGCGUGGCGAGUUGUAAGAGUAUGUUGGCCCGUCAGUAGCAGGGCAGCAGUCGUUGACAGUGGUUGGUUACAAGUACUAAUACAAUCUGGCUUUCUGAUAGUUAGAUUGUUGUGUUUGUGUUUGUGUUUGUGUUUGUGUUUGUGUAGCCCCGUUAUAGAGCCAUCGUUUAUUUUCUGUUGUGUACGGGUGCCCAUGUGGAUGCCUGGCCGCCUACGCAGGACAGAACUGGGGACAGAGACAGAUUGUUUGCCGUGGUGGCAACCUCUCCUGGGAUGUUGUCAGGAAAAGAUAACCUUAUUCUUUCCUCGUGGGUCACUGACGGCUGAAUGCCAAAGACAUUUUCCACUGGUGGGAAAAAAUGGAGACAAGGGAGGAAGGGAGAAAUAGCAAGACAAUAUGCUAAUUGUUUUGAAUAGAGUAUCACAAGAGGGGGGGUUUCUAAUGAUGAACAAAAGAUUCAUGAACUUUGUUGGAUCAAACUGAGAAUGGCAUUAAGAUUUCUUUAAACCGGGUCAAUUGUUUUUAUGUUUAAUUAAUAAGCGAGAAGGCAGACAAAUAUGUCUUUCAUCUGAUUCCAGGUUCUCACGAGCCAACAAUAAGGCCCACACUUUGAUGUCAGAGAGCGGACAGGAAUUUCAAAGUGUGUCAUGUCACCGCCGCUAACCUUCCAAGAAUUUCUUCCUCUUUCUGAAUCAACAAUGACGAUACUAGAGCGGCCUAAUUCUUCUGGGAGAAGUUCUUGGUAUCCAUUGCUCUGAAUGCUUGUGAUUGGCUUUGCUGUUCUGAAUAUCACCCCUUUGUUGUGGAAUGGCUGGUUGAUUGAGACCAGGGGGAGCUAGGACGUGUCAACUGAGAAUGAGUGAUGGUGUAGGUGGUUCCUGCAGCCUCUCAUUCAUUAUUCAUCAUGAGACGGGUGGGCAGAGUGCUGGUAAAAGUCAGACAAGAACCUCCUUUCUUGAAGCCCGGCCACUCUCCUGGGCUUCCAGCCGCCCCCGCCAUAAUGAACGACAGAGAAAUGAAACGCUACACCAACUUCAGGAUAGUUCCCCGCGGACAUUUGUGGAAGUGGUCAAUGGACUAGAGGAGACAAUACAGAGAUGGGGAGGAGGGGUUCCUGACUCUAGAGGCAGGUGCAUGUGAGUAGUGACCCCACUGGUGGAUUCCAUGCACUGUGACGAUGGGGACACUGGUUCCAGCAGCCCUACUGCUAUUAUCAUGGCACUGCAUACGUGCCUUGGACAUCCCACUGGAGAUCAGACAACCUCCGACCAUAGUGACGCAGUCGCCAAAGGACCACAUUGUUGACCCGAAGGACACCAUGGUCAUCGAGUGUGAAGCUAAAGGCAACCCUCAGCCCAUUUUCUCGUGGAGGCGUAACGGGAAGUAUUACAACGUGGCGCGUGACCCUCAGGCCUCCAUGCGCCGGCGCUCCGGGACGCUGGACAUCUACGCCUGGAAGGACCCGCAGGAGUAUGAGGCGGAGUACCAGUGCAUCGCCUCCAACGAACACGGCUCUGCGUACUCCAACAAGAUACUGCUGCGGCUUUCAAGACCUCCACUGUGGCCAAAUGAGAUCUUGGAGCCGGUGGUGGUCAGUGUGGGCUUCCCCCUGGUCCUCUCUUGCGACCCCCCGCGCGGGCCGCCCAGACCCGAGACCUACUGGAUGUCCAGCUGCUCGUUCGCUCGGCCGUUCUCCUGGCCCAUCCAGACGGCCUUCCCCACCAUGCAGGCUGUGCGGCAGGACCGCCGGGUCUCCACCGGCAUUAACGGGGAUCUCUACUUCUCCAAUGUGCUCUUUAACGACUCCCACACCGACUACUGCUGCAAUGCCCGGCUCCCUCACAAAAACAGCAUCCAGCAGAAGAGGCCUGUGGUGGUCAAGGUGAUCACAACUCGUACCGUAUCCGAGGCCGCCCCCACCUGGCUGUCCCCCAUCAGGUCCUCCAGCUCAGUCCUGGUCCUGCAGGGGGAGGAGCUGCUCCUGGAGUGUAUCGCCGCAGGAGUGCCGACUCCUCACAUAACCUGGACCAAAGACGGGGAGAAACUAGUGGUGAAGCCAGGAAUGAGGAUAAAGAACUUCAACAAGAUGAUACAUAUCCCCAAGGCCUCCUUUGAUGACAUCGGUGAAUACGUCUGUUCAGCUGCCAACAAAAUUGGCUACACUGAGCGAACGAUAAUUGUCCAAGUCAAAGCCGCCCCAUUCUGGUUGGAGAAGCCGGUGGACUUGGUUUUGGCCCCUGAGGAGAAUGGAGCCCUAGUAUGCCGGUCUGACGGGAUUCCCCGGCCUACUAUUCGGUGGUUCAUCAACGGCGAGUCAUUAGACACUGCCCUCCCCCAUCCCAGCAGGCACAUGUCCGGGGACACACUGAGCUUUCGUGGUGUGACGAUGGAAAACACGGGUGUCUAUCAAUGUAACGCCUCCAAUCAGUUUGGUUACCUACUUGCCAACGCCUAUGUCAAUGUGCUACACGCAACCCCCCGGAUCAUACCACCCCAGGAAGAGCAUCUCAAGGUGGUGGAGGGAAGCAAUACCUUCCUGGAAUGCCGAUAUUUUGGUUCUCCAGUGCCUGACUUGCGAUGGAGUAAGUAUGGGCAGGGGAACCUGGAAGGGCACCGCUUCAGGACCCACAGUAAUGGCACCCUGGAGAUCAAGCAGAUCCGCUUGGAGGACACGGGGACGUACAUGUGCAUCGUGACCAACAUCGCGGGCAGGGACGAGAGCCAGAUCAGAGUAGAAGUGAAAGAGCCAACGCUGUUUGUGAGCAGACCUCAGAACCUGAAGGUCCUCCGUGGCAGCGACGUGACCUUUGAGUGCGGUGUGAAAGCAGACGCCUCCACCCCUGUCACCACCACCUGGAUGAAGAACAAGCGGCCGCUCUCGCUCAACUGGAGGAUCUCCCUAGACGAAUCCAACCUGGUCAUCACCACCGUGAACAGUGCGGAUGACGGCGAAUACACCUGCAGCAUCAAGACGGAGAUGGACGAGAAGUCGGCCUCCGCUCGCCUCAUGGUGAUGGACCGCCCCAACCCCCCGACCAACCUGCAGCUGUCAGACCCCCACGAGCGCAGCGUCCGGCUCAGCUGGGUGCCCGGGGACCACAACCACAGCCCCAUCACAGAGUACCAGGUGCAGUACGACGAGGACGACUGGCUGCCCGGCAAGUGGAGGAACCUGUCCACCUACCCCGGGAACCUCAACUCGGUCAUCCUGCAGCUGACGCCCUACACCUACUACGAGUUCCGGGUCAUCGCCGUCAACGCCGUCGGACCCAGCCGGCCCAGCAGGGUGUCUUCACGCCUGCAGACGGGCGGGGCACCCCCGGACGUCAUUCCCAGGAACAUCCGGGGAGUGGGAACAUGGAGGAACAACAUGGAGAUCAGCUGGGAGCCGCUGACGUACCGGGAGUGGAACGGGCCCUACCUGAAGUACCUGGUGUGGUGGAAGAGGAAGGACUCCAGAGAGGAGUGGAAGAACGCCACCACCAAGUGGCUGAGAUACUACAUCUACGACGCCGACACCUUCACCCCCUAUGAGAUCAAGGUCCAGGCGUUCAACAGCUUCGGUCUGGGACCCGAGUCCAAGGUCAUCAUCGGAUACUCUGGAGAGGACCGGCCUAGCACUGCUCCCCUGAACCUGCGGGUGUCGGACAUCGAGAGCACCCAGGUGACGCUGCACUGGGACCCUGUGGCUCGCAACAGCCUCAUGGGGGAGCUCAAGGAGUACAAGGUGUAUUACUGGAGGGACAGCAGCCAGCUCAGGUGGCUGAGCGUCAGCCGGGCCAUGAAGUCCAAAGGCUUCCUGGCCGUGGACACAGAGUACACGGGUGUCCUGGAUGAGCUGCUCCCCUACAGCAACUACAAGAUGCACAUCGUGGUAGCCAACAACCGGUACGACGGGCCGCCCAGCCAUACCAUACAGUUCUCCACCCCCGAAGGAGUCCCAUCUGUUCCCAAGUCCUUCCGGAUCCAACAGAGACAUCUGGACACCAUUUAUGUGGACUGGGCCUUGCCGGCUGAGCCCAACGGCAUCAUCACCGGCUACACGCUCAAGUACCAGACAGUGAACGCCACCAGAGGAGAGGAGAUGCACGUGGAGGAGUUCUACUCAAACGUCACCAGUUUCUCCGUGCGCCGCUACGACCGCUACACCCGCUACAGAUUCUCUCUGGCGGCCAAGACUCAGGUGGGCCUGGGGGAGUGGCACACGGAGGAGUCGGCCCACUACACCACUGAAGCCUAUGCCACUGACCAGGUGGACCUCUCCACCAAGGGCUGGCUGAUCGGCAUCAUGUGUGCCGUGGCCAUCAUCGUGCUCUUCCUCCUCAUCGUCUGCUUCAUCAAGAGGAGCCGGGGAGGGAAGUACCCAGUGCGGGAGAAGAAAGAGAUUUCGUUAGAGCCUGUGGAUGACAAGGACCAGGAGGGAACAUUCGACUAUCGGAUCGCACGUGUGGUCACUCUUCCCUUCCCCCGACGGGAGGAGGAGCGGGGCCUGCAGCGGGGCCAGGCCUCGGUGGAGCCCAUCAUGAAGCGGACGGAGAGCGACGACAGCCUGGUGGACUACGGCGACGUGGAGAUCCAGUUCAACGAGGACGGCUCCUUCAUCGGCGAGUACACGGGCACCAGCAGGAAGGACGCCGCGCGGGACGCCCGCGACGUCCGGGACGAGAUGGACUACGGCGGGAACAUGGACCUGCACUCCACCAUGAACGCAAUCUACUCCAUGGCCUGACCCGUCUCCGGGCUCUGGUAAAGACCCGGGGGUGGGGGGGGGCAAGACCCUCAUGGCGUCCAACGGUAUCCAGGAGGAGACUGGGAGCACCACCCACCCACUCGGGUGACGGUGACAAACAUCAGGACGAUAAGAAACGUAUGCAGCACAAAGUGCCUUUAAUCUCUAUCAACGUGCACUUUGACUUUUUACUCUGACGGACAAGAUUCAGCCAGAACAGGUUGUGAGCGGUCAGAGGUCACCAAAAAGAUGAAAAAAUAUGGAUUUGAAAGAGCAUUGUCUUCUGCCAAGUGUCACGCAGUGUGUGUGUGUGUGUGUGUGUGUGUGUGUGUGUGUGUGUGUGUGUGUGUGUGUGUGUGUGUGUGUGUGUGUGUGUGUGUGUGUGUGUGUGUGUGUGUGUGUGUGUGUGUGUGUGUGUGUGUGUGUGUGUGUGCAUGGGUGUUUGUGUGUUCAUUUGUGCAUGUGUGCUUUUGAGGUGUGUUUUUACUGUUUCUCGUGCAAAAGGCAUCUCUUGCAGAUCAUCCCCCCUUGUAAUGUAUUCCUUGCUGUCCGAGCAGUUUGUCUGGAUAGCAAAACACUAACCUUCACGCUCCUCUGCCUCCGUAACCCCCGUCGAGAACAAACCAAUAUUUGGCUGGAUGUUUUCAUACAGUGUUGUUUGACUUCUAGAGCUGAGUGACUAUUUGUGUCUUUUCUUUGCGAUUUUGGUAAAAACUUUGUUUUUAAGAUAAGUUUAAAUGGAUAAAGCUGGAAAAUGUCAUUGUCUGGAACAAACAAGGGUUAAACCAGUGAAAAAUAGUUUUGUGAAUAGGUCCCAUCUUUAAUCCAUCUAUUAACUCCUGCUAUAUUAAACCCUUUAAGAUGAGUAACUUCAUGUCACGCAAUUGGAAAAGGUCAAUGUCUGGAACAAAGAAGAGUUAAGCCAAUGAAAAAUAGUUUUGUGAAUAGGUCCCAUCUAUAAACACAUCAUUAACUCCUGCUAUAUUUAACUCUGUAAGUGGUGUGACCUCAUGACCCGCCAUCAUGGCCAGGAGGCUUAUGGAGUGACUUUCUGUUUGAACUUCAACAUUUGAUAUUCCACUGAUGUUUACAAUGACGUUUCGAAAGACAGUAUGUCCUUGGAAACUUGUGCUGCCAGUUUAUAAUUUUAUGGCACGCCUUUUCAAAUUUUAUUAGAUUGUAGCUUCAUUUCAUUGGAGCACAAGAGGUGAAAGCCGAGCUUCAUUGUAGUCAAACUCUCCAUAAAACUAUCGUAAACAGGCAGACAGACCUUGUGCACAAUUAUCUUAGUGGGUUUUAUUGGUAUUCAAUUUAAGAUCUAUAUGGAAGUAAACUGUAUUUAUUUUGCAUGCUAUAUUAUUUGCUUUAAUUUACUUGUAACAUGAUCGAUGUUUAUCAACAACAGUAAUUCAAAUGCAAGUAAAUCAAUAAACACUCAAAAUCAGAAAUAUCAAUCUCUUUAAAGUGACGAUCCCAUGAGGUAUUCCUCUUCCUGGCCUUCCUCCCCCACAAUAACUAAACAUUGCUUGCUAUUUCUUCAACUAGAGCCACUUACUUUUCCAAUUAGGCGUAGAUAUAAGUGAGCCACUUUAUACAUGAGAAGAUUUGCUAACCAGUUUUAUGACACAAUCUGCUCAGUCAAGGAUCUGAAUCCAAAUAUUUCAGUGUUGAUGUUCAGGGAUUCCCAAGACUGAAGUAAAUCUUGGAUAAACUGAAGUAAAUCUUGGAUAAAAAUCUUGGAUAAAUAAAGCAUAUACCAGGAAAUCCAUUAUAAAUGCAUGCGUCAUAUAUAUUAUCUUAUCCACAGCGCAGCCCUUUUAUUAGUGCAACUGUAAAACAGAUGCAUGGUUUACAUUACCCAACUACUUAAUUACCCUAAUCAAGAUAAAUCAGAUAGGGAAGUUAAUCAUUUUUGAAGACGUGUAACGUAGUUGUAAUGUACUGAAGCUAUUGAGACAUCUUGCACUGUACCGGCAGUGUGGUCAGGAGGCAAGCCUUUGAUCCUCACACCUACUCCCGGUCGAUAAAUAACACUGCAGCACAGGCAGAGUGUCCAGAGUGUCCUCCAACAUCUGUGUCACUGUAACGAGAGCAAACCACAACCAGCCAUGGCCAACCUAACCAUCCUGUCUGGUAAGUUUCUCCUUUUGUUCAUCAGUAAAAUACCAUACCUGUU